AUGCAUUUAGUCGUGUUGGCCAAUUUCGUUGUCUGGAGCUUGCCCGUCUCGUCGAUGUAUCCGAACCAGCAUGUGGCCGGACGAUCAUUAGCGCUGGCGGUCGGCAAACUGCUGUUUCUCGCAAUCGCCCAGUUCCCUACCACCUACGCUUUCCCCAUCCUUGGCUCCCUCCAACUCCGCGACCAGGAGCAUGGCAACCCUUCCGACGAUCCCCGCCUGUGGCUGUAUCUCUCGGUGGCCGCGGCUCUGGUGAUUAGCGGUGGUGCUUUCGCCGGGUUAACAAUUGCGCUUAUGGGCCAGGUCAUCAAAACUUCUGGCGAAGGCGCGGAGAAGAAACACGCCGAAAAAGUAUUGAAUCUUUUGAAGCGCGGUAAACACUGGGUUUUGGUUACGCUGUUGCUUAGUAAUGUUAUCACAAACGAGACGCUCCCAAUUAUCCUCGAUCGCUCUUUAGGAGGCGGCUGGCCCGCGGUAUUGGGAAGUACAGCGCUCAUCGUCAUAUUUGGCGAGGUUGUUCCCCAGUCGAUCUGUGUCCGUUAUGGCUUACCCAUUGGAGCAUGGAUGGCCCCUUGCGUCCUUGUCCUGAUGUAUAUCAUGUCGCCGGUUGCGUGGCCUAUCGCGAAGUUGCUCGACAGAAUCCUGGGCGAAGAUCACGGAACUAUAUACAAGAAAGCUGGUUUGAAGACGCUAGUGACCUUGCACAAGAAUCUGGGGCAGGCUGGAGAACAGCUUAAUUCUGAUGAGGUUACUAUUAUUACUGCCGUUCUUGACCUCAAAGAGAAGUCAGUGGGCAGCAUUAUGAUUCCAAUGGAGGACGUUUUCACUAUGUCUGCCGACACGGUUUUGGAUGAGAAGAUGAUGGAUUUAAUCCUAUCCCAGGGGUAUUCUCGAAUUCCGAUACAUUCUCCGGAUGAGCCGCAUAAUUUUGUUGGCAUGCUAUUGGUGAAAAUGCUUAUCACCUAUGAUCCAGAAGACUGCAAACUAGUGAGGGAUUUUGCACUUGCAACUCUCCCUGAAACCCGUGCCGAAACUAGCUGUCUUGACAUUGUCAACUUUUUCCAGGAGGGGAAGUCUCACAUGGUUUUGGUUUCAGAAUACCCGGGUGAAGAUCACGGGGCAUUAGGGGUGGUUACCCUCGAGGAUGUCAUCGAGGAGCUGAUUGGAGAGGAAAUCAUCGAUGAGUCUGAUGUCUUUGUUGAUGUACAUAAGGCUAUACGUCGUAUGGCACCUGCACCCAAAUCUCGCGUUCCAAAAGGCCAGAUUGUCUCAGAGCCCACGCCAACACAUGGGAGUCUUAUCGAUGUGUCCGAUAACAAUGUGACAAACCAAGAGCCUACGCGCAGCGAGACCCUCGCUCGCAGCCAUUCUGUAGCAGAUUACGGGUCUCCUCCUCAGACCACAUUCUAUUUCCGAAAACACAAUACCUUUGACAGCACAGACUCUGUAGAUUCUCCGAUAACCAUGCGUGGCCCAACUCCCGAAAUCCGCGAACAUUUGAAGCACCUAGGACCCUCUAAUCUCGCCAGCCGGCCCCGACAAACAAGAUACCAGACAGUUAAAAUUAAGCCCGGCGAAGUAACCAGCUCAGAUCGCCAGUCUUCCGUCUCCCAGAGCCGCCCAUCCGAACAUCUCAGUGCUGUACCAACGCGACCCCAAUCUCAGGUCCGUUCAGCAGGGAAGAGCGCGAGCGAUGCCGUCCUGGCCGUACAAACCUAUGCACCCACCGCGGGAGCCCGCGGCAUGACCGCUCCAGGAAUCUGA